AUGGAUCUCAUCUGCAGUAGUAAUUUCGAUGGUAUUUGCCUGUGGCUCAUCUGGUAUGUCAUUUCACUGUUUUGCAGAUUGGUUCGAGUGAGUAAAAACUACCGAUCAGUCAUAAGAGCGUGUAUGGAGGAGAUGCACCAGGUGGCAAUUGCUGCUAAAGAUCCAGCCAGUGGCCGCCAGUUCAGCAGCCAGGUCUCCAUUUUGUCGGCAGUGGAGCUCAUUUGGAAUCUCUGUGAGAUCCUUUUUAUUGAAGUCGCUCCAGCUGGUCCCCUCCUCCUUCACCUCCUUGACUGGGUCCGUCUGCACGUGUGGGAGGUGGACAUUUUGUCAGCAGAGGUUCUGGGCAGUGAGAAUCCAAGCAAACAUGAGCGCUUCUGGAACUUGGUGACCAUCUUGGUGCUGCAGGGCCAGCUGGAUGAGGCCCGACAGAUGCUUUCCAAGGAGGCCGACGCCAGCCCCGCCUCAGCGGGCACGUGUAAAGUCCUGGGGGACCUAAUGAGGACGAUGCCCAUUCUUAGCCCUGGGAACACACAGACCUUGACGGAGCUGGAGCUGAAGUGGCAGCACUGGCACGAGGAGUGUGAGCGGCACCUCCAGGAUGGCACGUUCGCCUCCAGCCCGCACCUGGAGACCCUCUGUAAGAUCAUGCUGGGAGAUGAAGAAGCCUUGCUGGGGCAGAAGGAGCUGCUGAGUAACUGGUACCAUUUCCUGGUGACUCGGCUCCUGUACUCCCACCCCACGGUGAAGCCCACUGAGCUGCACUUCUAUGCACAGUCCAGCCUGGACCUGUUUCUGGGAGGGGAUAGCAGCCCAGAGCCCCUGGACAACAUCUUGAUGGCGGCCUUUGAGUUUGACAUCCACCAAGUGAUCAAGGAGUGCAGCAUCGCCCUGAGCAACUGGUGGUUUGUGGCUCAUCUCACCGACCUGUUGGACCACUGCAAACUGCUCCAGUCUCACAACCUCUACUUCCAGUGCCAGCCCCCAAAGCUGCCAGGGUGGCCCCCGGGCCUCCAGCCCCUCAGGCCUGUCCUCCACCUUUGCAGCCUGUGGCAGCUGGGGGUGGACUACUUUGACCACUGUCCUGAGCUGGGCCGAGUCUCCUUGGAGCUGCACAUUGAGCGGAUCCCUCUCAACACGGAGCAGAAAGCUCUCAAGGUGCUGCGGAUCUGUGAGCAGCGGCAGAUGACUGAACAAGUUCGCAGCAUUUGUAAGAUCCUGGCCAUGAAGGCUGUCCGCAACAAUCGCCUGGGCUCAGCCCUCUCCUGGAGCAUCCGAGCCAAAGAUGCUGCCUUUGCCACGCUGGUGUCAGACAGGUUCCUCAGGGAUUACUGUGAGCGAGGCUGCUUCUCCGAUUUGGAUCUCAUCGACAACCUGGGGCCAGCCAUGAUGCUCAGUGAUCGACUGACGUUCCUGGGGAAGUACCGUGAAUUCCACCGAUUGUAUGGCGAGAAGCGCUUUGUUGAUGGCGCUUCUCUUCUCCUGUCGUUGAUGACCUCGCAGAUUGCCCCCCGGUCUUUCUGGAUGACCCUACUAACAGAUGCUCUGCCCCUUUUGGAACACAAACAGGUGAUUUUUUCAGCGGAGCAGACGUAUGAGCUGAUGAGGUGUCUGGAGGACUUGACCGCAGGAAGACCAGGGCAUGGAGAGCCUGAUGGCCAGGGAGUCCAGGAUGACGACAUAGAGACCACCAAGGUGGAAAUGCUGAGACUGGCUCUUGCACGAAACCUUGCUCGGGCAAUUAUCAAAGAAGGCUCCUUGGAAGGUUCCUGAGGCCAGCCAAGAGCUGCUCCAGCGUGGCAUCUUUGUAUGACAGUGUGUAUAUACAUUCUUAAAAGAAUAAACAUUCUCUUUUGCAAAUACAAGGCAAGUCCGUCCAGAGUCCAGCCAGGGCGUUUGUGUCUGUAUCCACUCUGUAGCUGAGAGAAAAAAUUAAGAAAAUGCAACUGACUUCCUUACAUCCUCAGAAGCCACCCCCAGAAUAGCAUGUUGUGCCCUCCUGCUUGUGAUUCGAAACUUGAGCAAGAGCCUGGGUGGUUCACUGAUGCUUCUGAAAUCUGGCCUCACCUCAGAAUCUUCUGAACACUUGUCAAAUCUCUGGAUGAUUAUUAUUAUUAUUUUUUUUUAAAAAAAGGUCCAGGAACCUAUACUUUCAACAAAAACCAGGCAAUUCCAGCACACCUAUCCCCAGCUCUCCCUUUGGAAGCCACAGGUGGCACCGGGCCCCUUCUCCCCCAGGGUGGAUGGUGCCUACAGUAGAAGGAUUCCAAGUAGGGGGAACAUGAUUUUAUUUAACAUACAGCAAAACAAGGGCAGCAGAGUUGGUAUCUCCAGUACAGCUGUUUGCCAGGAAGCAGUGACCUCGAUAGUAAUGAGGGAUGCUCAUAAAUAAUUUUUAAUGUCUAAAGCUUAUUAUAAAGGUAAAGUUCCAGAGUAACCGCCCCCCCCCCAGGUCUUCCCAGGGCUGCAGCAUCUGGCCUCUGGAAAGCUCCUACUUAUUCCCUAAGUAGUGAAAUUGAUUCACUUGACCUGUCGCAAUGAAGCAGUGAAACCUGCUUGCUGAAGAGAGUGAGGGGCUGGAUGACCUCUUGACAUGGAGUAAAGAAGCCUGGGAAGGAGCCAGGAGGGGACAGGGACUGUGGCUUACUCCAUUUUUCCCCAGGAGUCUCAGAUGGGAUGGCUCUGAGCUGGUUCAGCUGAGCUCAGAUAAGCCACUUGCUUUUCCCCAGCCCGUCAGCUGGUGGUUCUACUUCCUGCUGGCCUGGAGUCACUCGCCCAGGCCUGCAUCCACCAGAACAGCUGGGGUAAGCUACCUGGGGCUGAGCACUGUUGAAGCAAUAGGGUCUGCCCCAAAUCUCACACCUCCAGACCCAGCAUCCCAUUGACAGUGCCCUUAGCAGCUAGGGGUCAUUGGGCCUUCUGGGGAACCCUCUAAUUAAGACGAAAGGACUAAGUCUAGUGCAAGGUGCCUGAGCCCAAGGCCCUGUGUAC